AUGGUGGACGGAGUAGGAGGACCAGCAUCAGCUGAUGCAUGCUCCGGUGGGCAGAGCGAUGCAGAAAGAAAAGCAAGUGAAGAUACGAGGACAAAAUUGAAGGAUGCAUGGGACGAUAAGUUAAAAGAAUUAAGGGAAAAAUGGCAAAAGGAGCAAUCAUUGAAUGCGCUUUCCCAGGGUGGUAGUGGGACUCCAGUCCCAGUCGGAUUCAUUCCGCCUGAUGUGAAGAGUAAAGCGGAUGAAAUGUUGGAGGACCUGGGGACGUACUUAGAUUUGUUAAAUCACUCUCAGACUGCCGCAGAUGCAUGUGCAGAACUAACUGGCAGGUAUAAGGGAGAAACGAGCGAUGUGAAGAAAGUGUGCACUGUAUUAGUAAAAGUAGUUAACUGGAUGGGGGGACUAACUGCGAAUGGAGUUGAGAAGAAAAAUAAGAUAUCCGAACAGAAUUGGGUGCAAUAUUUAAGAUGUGUAAUAGGUUAUGAAGUUAUAUUAAGAACACUGACGAAGAAGUGUAAAGCACAGCGGAUGCUGAAAAUUAUAUCUGAUACAAUGGAAAAGGGGGGCAGUAAACCCACCGGGCCAAAUGUAAGUAGUAUAUGUCCUUGGGUCAAAUUGGAAGAUAUUGGAGAUAAUGAGGGGUCCAUUGGGAAUGAAGUCCAGAAAUGGUUAAAUAAGGCAAAGGGGGGUUCCAGUGGGGGGGGCAUUCGGGGGUUCGAUAAUAUAGUAGCAUGGUAUAGGUGUACAGAGAAGGAGGAAGAGGAGGAGAAGGCGAAACAGAAGGCACAAACUUGCCAAAGUGAUAGAAUUAUGGAUUUAAUGAAAGGAGGAAUGUCACAUCAAUUAAAUGUAUUAGUCGAUCCAAUAGCAGCGGCUAAUGAUUGUAUCGAGAAAGCGGAGAAUAACGGCAAAGACAGAGCACUUUGCAAUCGCUUAAAAUGUAUUGAAGAAUACUUGCAGGAAACGACAACAACACCUGCAACGACAGCAGCAGCAACCGAACAGUCGGGAAAAAGAGAAACCGAACACAUCGAAGACGACGACGACGGAAAAAAAUUCGGUGGUGCCGUUGGCGGUAGUGGUACCGGUAGUGGUGGUGGUGCCGGUGGUACGAAGCCCAUGUGGCAAGCAUGGUUAGAGAAGUGGUUACAGCAGAAUGGGGCCACUGUUACCAAUGGUGUGGUCAGUGGGAAGAGCAUUACUGAAAAAUUAUGGGAAGAUCUGAAGUCAACGUAUGAUGCCUUUGUGGAGGAAGUUGGUACCCAAGAAUCCUUCGAAAUAAGCAAACUCUGUGAAACUACGGGGAAAUUCGCUCCUCAGGGGGGAUAUGAAAGUGGUGUGAAGACACUAUGCCAGGCCAUACUUAAAAUAAGAUAUUUCAUGAGUGGAGUGAAAACGAAGAGGCGGGGGCAAACGCACGACAAGAGACUUAUCGACCAUCCAGUGAGGAUUGAGGGAAAUAUGCCACCCGGCGAAACCUUUAAACGAUGUAUUGUAGGUAUGGUCGGCCUCUGGGAUAUUUAUCAGGAUCACUGCAAAUUGGGGGAUGUUAUACAGAAGGUCCAAGCAGAUGUGGACAAGAAAUUAGUGGACCAUUUGAAGGGGCAGUAUAGGGCAAACUUGAAUAUGUGCAGAAGCAUCACUCCGGAAGGUUUAACCAUUGGUAGAACAGUUCUUGGUGAUAGAAUUAAGCAGUGGGCACGGCACGAUAGAGGAGAAGCGGAGGAGCACAACACAGUGGGGAAAUUAGUAGGAAGGCAGAGCCGGGCCAACAGGUGGGUCGGUGGAGCACUGUAUCUCGGUGAAGCAAUGUGUCCCAAGGAGGAGGACGCAAGGAGGGAAGCAAGGGAAGACAAUAUGAAAGUUAUGGCGCAAUUUAUCAGUCUACCCAGCACAACCCAGGACGGAGGAAACAGUAGUAAACACAGUGUGUUGGACGUCCUAAUGAACGACAACAUUAGAAUACCAGACAGCACAUUGGAAAAUGUACUUCCAGGAAUAAUGGACACUACUACUGGUAAAGUGGACCUUGACAAACUGAACAAGGCAAUAGAAAAGAUAGAGAAGGAUGCCGGAACAGCAUUAAAGGGUGGUCAAUGUAAGGACAUAGAGGGUUUAUGUGGUCGCGCACAGUGUGCAGGAAAUCAGUGGUUCAAAGAUAGGGGGAAAGACGGAACGGUGGAUAAAGAGAAGAAUUAUAGGAAAAUAAAUAUUGGUUGUAUAAGAAGGAAGUUCUCAAAGGAAGGAAUGUAA